CCUUCUUCACUGGGAGCGGGUUUUGUGGGGUGACGCUUCUGUCCUUGGGCCACCUGAGCUCGCCUCAGCCCCGUCACAGAUCCCAAGUCUCAGGGAGACGGGGGAGAGGCACACACACCCCCACCUUCCCUCAGUUCCUCCAGCACAGUCUCCCCAAGAGUAAGACGUGUGGCUUUCCCCCCAGGAGCCCUCCUCUGUCGGCAGCUGUGGGUUGGGACCCGGCCCCGAGUACAGGACGUCUGUCCAUCACCCGGUGGCCCAAGCACGGGCUCCCCGUCACUAGCUGACCCCACGGCCCCGCCCCAGGCCGCGCUGUGUUGGGGUCGUGCCAUUGUGGCUUCGGAGAGGUGGGGGAGAGAUGGUGUGUGCUUGUGGGCCGCUGACCUGCGUCCGGCCCAGCCCCGUGACACCAGCAGCUCACGGUGGCUUCCGGCAAAGCUGCUUAUUGGAUUAGUGGCCCCGCGGGCCCCUGCAGCAGGUGGGGGGAGGCUGGCAUUUAGGGAGUCCUGUUUUCGUCUGGGCUGCUCUGUGAGGCCUGCAGGGGCCUGGGGCGGGGGGAAGGCGGCGCCUGGAAGUGUGUGUUCCCCUUGGGGCUGAGCAGAUGGUCCUGGUGGCCCCGGCCCGUCGGACACGGGCGCCAUAGUCUGGACGUAAUCCCUCUUCCUUAUCCGCCGGCCAGGGGCUGACGCUGCUCAGGCCGCUGGUCUGCUUCUGUCGGACUUUCACGGGCACAGGCUUCCAGGGGUCCGAAGAUGCUGUCCAGCUACUCAGCCUGCCUUUUCUCGGGCGUGUGCACGGCCCUGGUCGCCGUGGCCCUGGCCUAUUACUUCUACUGGACGGCCGUUCUCGCUGAAGGACCCUGCACUCGCUACUGAGCGGCGACCAUGGGCCCGCUCGCCUACCUGAAGACGCAGUUCGCGGUUCACCUCCUCAUCGGGUUCGUGUUCGUGGUGAGCGGGCUGCUCAUCAACUCCGUCCAGCUGUGCACGCUGGUCCUCUGGCCCCUGAGCAAGCAGCUGUACCGCCGGCUGAACUGCCGCCUCGCCUACUCCCUGUGGAGCCAGUUGGUCAUGCUUCUGGAGUGGUGGUCCUGCACGGAGUGCACGCUCUUCACUGACCAGGCCACGGUGGGCCGUUUCGGCAAGGAGCACGCCGUCGUCAUCCUCAACCACAACUUCGAAAUCGACUUCCUCUGUGGGUGGACCAUGUGCGAGCGGUUUGGCGUGCUGGGGAGUUCCAAAGUCCUGGCGAAGAGGGAGCUGCUGUACGUCCCCCUCAUCGGCUGGACGUGGUACUUCCUGGAGAUCGUGUUCUGCAAGCGGAGGUGGGAGGAAGACCGGGACACCGUCAUCCGGGGGCUGGAGCGCUUGGCGGACUACCCCGAGUACAUGUGGUUCCUCCUGUACUGCGAGGGCACGCGCUUCACGGAGAAGAAGCACCGUGUCAGCAUGGAGGUGGCCGCCUCCAAGGGGCUGCCCGCCCUCAAGUACCACCUGCUGCCUCGGACCAAGGGCUUCACCACGGCGGUCCAGUGCCUCCGGGGGACAGUCGCAGCCGUGUAUGACGUCACGCUGAAUUUCCGCGGAAACAAGAACCCGUCUUUGCUGGGGAUCCUCUACGGGAAGAAGUACGAGGCAGACAUGUGCGUGAGGAGAUUCCCUCUGGAAGAGAUCCCGCUGGAUGAAAAGGAAGCAGCUCAGUGGCUCCACAAACUGUACCAGGAGAAGGACGCGUUGCAGGAGAUGUAUAACCAGAAGGGCGUGUUUCCAGGAGAGCAGUUCAAACCUGCCAGAAGGCCGUGGACGCUUCUCAAUUUCCUCUUCUGGGCCACGGUCCUGCUGUCUCCUCUUUUCAGCUGUGUCUUCGGCGUCUUUGCGAGUGGUUCCCCCCUCCUGAUCCUGACGUUCCUGGGGUUUGUGGGGGCAGCUUCCUUUGGAGUCCGCCGGCUAAUAGGAGUAACUGAAAUAGAAAAAGGCUCUAGCUACGGAAACCAAGAAUUUAAGAAAAAGGAGUGAUUCCUGGCUGUGGUUGCGCACACGUAACCCGACGGCAGUGUCCAGUUAACUCAAUUAAAACCAGAACCACACACCCAGAUCGGAGGAAAAGACACUUAGAAACUAUUUUUCUUAUUAACUGGUGACUAAUAUCAACCAAUAAACCUUGAGCCAAGAGCAAAGCCGUCGGAAGGCCUGCGGACGAAGACGCCAGCGGCACCCCGGGCGGGGUCCCAGGGUCCCACGAGCCAGGCUCCGAGGGCGCCGUGCGUGCGGGCCCACCGCUGCGGGGGGCCGGGUCCCACCCCACCGCGACCUUGCGAGAAUUCUGCCUGCCAGAGGGAGCCUUCGGCUGCUUUCUCUUCUUAAACUUAGAUCCAUUUUUGGUUUUUACCAGUUAUUUUGGGAACUCCCCCUGCCCCCCCCCCCGCCUCCUCCCCUGACCCCAGCAAACGCUCCCCGGCCCUCCCGGGAACGAGGACAUGUCAGCCCCCAGGCCCACAAAGCACCUGCCCGUCCUGUCUUUACACUUCCCGCCGCGUGUUCUCCGGUGACCAGGGCGGGCCGAGCGCCAGGUGGCCGGGCAGGUGCCCCUGAGCUGGCGGUGGGGACGCCCCACCCCGGCUGCCUGGCUCCUCCCUGAGCCUGUGUGGAAGCACUUUACAUCCGUUUCUAAAGUGAUCCGCCCCCUGAGACCUCUGUCCCUCUUUUUCCCUGCUCAGUCGUCAGCCCCUCUACUGGGCCGCACCCCUGCCGCCAGCCCCGGGGACAGCUGCCCUGCAGCCCACGGGCCUCUUGGAUGUUGGUUUCAAAGAACGUCCCCACCAGACCUCCUCUCUUCUGGAGGCGGUUGGAGACUGUUCCCUGGGAGCUCGUCGGCUCCUAGGGGUUUUAUUUUUACUGUUGGUCUGUUCAUGGCUCUCGUCUCCCUGAGAAGUAGAGGUGGUGGCCCCCCCUCCCUUCCCCGAGCAGGUGCCUGGGUGCCCGGGGCGGGGGUGGGCACCUCCUUGCGCAGGCUUCGCCUGGGGGCCUGGGAGCACUGCCCCGCCUCAGCUCCCCCUGCUGUGGGGUGUCUGCCAGGGUCCCGACUUCUCUGCAGCCCUGGGCGUGGGGCUCCCCAGCAGGCCUCUCCCCAGGCUCGGCUCAAGCAUCCUGCUGUCCACCCGCUUGCAUCAGACUUCUUUCUUAAACCUCCCGCGUGCUGUUUUCAAGUCACACCCCCCUCGCCUUUCCCCCCCCCCCCCUCUUUUUAGCAAAGGAAGGAAAAGUAACGGGUGUUAGCCCUGGUGCACUGGAGCCAGCGUGCCGAAUAGAGGCAGGUUGGCUUUUCUAGGAGAAAAGGUGGAGGAAAGAGGCAUGGAGAAAAUAUAGACUAAAUUGGACAAGUGCCUCUGCAUCAGCCCUAAGUGUGUAUUCUGGGAGGCUCUCUGGGGACAGCACGCGGUCUCUAGGACGAGGACGCUGCUGGGUUCUGUGUGAGAGCACCCCGCCCUCCCCCCGCUGCAGGGGGGGCCACCUCGGGUUAGUCUGCUCUCCUGUGGCAUGCUGCUCCCGGCUUCUGUGUUUGUGUCCUGUGCUAACUCACUAACACCUAAAGCAUCUUGAGACGGUGGGAGGGCACUCCUGUGUGCAUGCGGUUCCUAGAAGGCCCAGGUUUAGGUCUUGGACCUUGUAAUUCAUGCUUCUCCUUGGCCAGAGAAGUUCUCUCCCCCUGAAAUGACUACGUACCGGGCACCCUCCUCCCGGAGCCACUGGAGGGGCCGUGUGGGGUCCGGGUACGAUGGAGGCUGAGGGCGGGCGUAGGUCUUAAGUCUUGGUGAUUCCCUUCUGAGCUAACACAGAUGAGCCCGUGCAUUUGGUUUCCAGACCUUGAGAGCAAUCAAACCUCACCAUGGACGUUUUGGGGGGGGGGGUUGUUUUUCGUUUUUCUGUUUUUUGUUUCUUUUUGGAGGGGGAUGGAUUUUGCUUUUCGUCCACUUUAGCAGGAGAGGGAGAGGGGGCUCCUUUAAUUUUCAAAAUUAAUAAAUCGCAGAAUAGUGCUUUUCUUCUUUUCUUUUCCUUCACACCCACAACUCAACAUCGUUGGUGGCUGACGUCACGUCCACGUGGAGGCCACGUGUUUGGACGGUGCCAGCCGGCCGCAGCGGGGGGUGGCUCAGGGCCCGGACUCUGGCGCCCUCCACGCGGGGCGGUGGGCCGGGGAGCGCGGGCGACGUGGGCAGACCCCCUCUGCCGGGCCAGCUUGCCGCUCCGUGCGCCUCCGGAGCCCUCGCCCCCACUCGCCGGAGGCGCGGCGGGAGGCCCCCCGUGAGCACCCCACGGGCUGAGCUCCAAGCCUGGGGACCGCGGGCGGCUUGCCUCUCAGGCACCAGGUGCCGCGUCUGGUCCGCCCCGCCUGGCGAGUGGAGUUUGGGUUGUGGGUGCCCCCCCCCUCUGUGUCCAGCUGGGGAGAGGACCACAGAUUCUUUGCCCGCCCCCCCCCCCCCCGAGUUCCAGGGGCUUCUAAGGUGCCUGUGGCACUUCCUGGUGACUCUGUGGCAGCUAGCAGCACCCGGGGACUCUGGUGGCGUCAGUGACAGUCCCCACUGCAUGCAGGCCAGGAGGCCCUGGGGAAGGGCUUCGCUGGUCAGAAAGAGAGCCCGUCCUCGUUUGCGAUUAAUCCGAAGGAAAAAGUGGCACCGGCCGUACUGGGCCUGGUGGCCGCGUCCUUCCUGUGUCCCCUCCAGCCCGUCCUCAGGAAGCACAGCCUCUCGUAGACACGAGCUCUGCAUCCACAGACCGCCAAAGAGCCACAGAAAACGGUGUGAGCAGCACUCCAUUGUAAACAGGGCAGGAACGCUCACUGACGCGUGCUGGGUCUCUAGCUGUCCGUCCCCGGGACCCCUCCUCGUGCACCGUGGCUCGGGAACCCUUCCUCCCGCCCAUGCAGUUCCCGAGCGUUGAGGCUGAUCUCAAGAAACAGCAGUGGGCUCAGUCACGUGCGGUUCGGGAGGCUCCCGUCUGUCCGGGCCCACGUGGCUACCGAUUUGUGUCCUCUCUGGGGUGACGGAUAAGUAACUCUCUGCAUGUUGCUUUGUCUCUGCCCGAGACGCCUCCAGGACCAGCCAAAUAGGAUCUUUCCAGCCUGCUGGUUUUCAGCCGCACCGUUCAGCCUCGUGUGUAAACUCACGCUUCAGAUUUCGCACCCAGACCUGCAUGCUUUCCCCGGCAUGCGGCACUCGGUGUUUAGCGGUGUGAUGUGGCUUCUAACCCUUCCGCGGUGUAACCAGGCUUAGGGCCAACACGGAGGGCCCCGCACGCCUACCUGCUUCCUCUGGACACGGCACGUCCCUGGCCCAUGUGCCGCCCCUUUCUCUCGCGAGGUAGCUCCUGAAGAAAAGCGAGCCUCCGUGAGCACCCGGGGCCACCAGGGUGCGCGCGGACGUCACCCCCCCCCGGGCUCCACGUCCUCGCCUCUUGGGGCCUGGACACGCGCGCACACACACACACAGGGUCGGGUCUGGGACGGAGGACGUGACGCUCCGUUCCGCGUGGCUGGGGGAUGGACACACAUGCACCGAGUGUCACCGCAGGCAUUUGCCGCCGUCCGGUUUGGUGAAACCGGUGACGUUCCCACAAACUGCUCGGGGACAUGAGAGGACAAGAGCACUUUUCGGGGACCCAGGAGGUGGCUGGAGGAGUUGACACCGGUCAGCCCCGCCACCAGCCGAAUAUUCUUUUCAAAGACGAUUGCUCAACGGUUCUAAGCCUUUUGUCUCUUUGUUCAUAAACCUUUUAGUUUCUCUCUGUUGCAAAAGGGGACAGAAAUCGCACUGUGAACGAGGCACUGAAAGGCACUGAGUGAAUUAGGCUGGUUGAACGGAGCCAGAGCGACUUGAUUCAGUAGAGACGCCCCUCUGCUCUGCUUGUAUUUAUUGUCUCAGAAUCGUGCGCUGUGACAAUCAGACGUGACUUGCCUCGAUGCCGGGAAAUUCAAGUGGCUUCUUGAACGUGAAGACCGUCCACAAACGCUGUAACUGUGACGGGAGUCUCUCUCUCGGGAAAAACCACGCAAACCAUUGACUCGUGCAGGCGCUGGGCGCUGGGGAUCUUCUUCCAUCACCGAUGACCUAUCACACCCGACUGUCGGCCAGUUUCGAAGAGUGAUACGUUAUAUACAGGGUGCAAAUGUACUAUAUGAAUGUUUCCUUUUGUACACUUCGUUUUUUUACAAGUUUUGCUACUCACAAGCUGUAUGUAGUUGAGGAGAGCGGUAUUUUUGGCCUCUAGGAGCCUGUGGGGGUGGGGUGGGGCUUGGGGGAGCUACCUUAGAUCUUAAAAGCGUGUGUCCCAAACAGCUGGCUGUGUUUGCCGCGCUCCGUAAAGAUCACUUUGUACACGGGCAUGUGCGAACCUGCCUGAGUGAUGGUACCUUCUAGAUAAAAUGCUGCAGGCGCCAUGCGUGUUUACUAAAAUCGCUGCUGUCCCAGAGAAGGACGAAACCUCCACAGUAGAGAUGAGAGCGACCUCGGCCUCCUUCUGUUCCUUUGCUUCUAGCCCCGGUCGCCCCGGGGGGAAGCGGCGGACCUCCCCGCGGGCCGGCCACCCGCACACGCCACCCCCUGAGGGGCCGCUCUCUUUGAGGCUGUCCUGCUGGCUGCACUUUUCAAGCUUCUCCAUUUCACAGAAGAUGCUUUUGGAAGGGGAAACUGCAAAGGAGGGUGACCAUCUGGCAAGGGCAAAGGAGAAAGUCGGCAGGUGCAUAAAGUGCUAAGUGACCCUCUGCCUCAAAAGGGGUCUCAAAAGCCAUCAAGAACAAAAGGUUUUCCAACGUAGGCAUGUAUAUAUCAAAAAUUAUUUUUUUGUAAGAACAAAUUCAUUCUGUGGAGAAAACCAAGGAACAAUUUUUCUUCUUUAUAAAGAAACGGACUCUUGUUGGAACCUAUUCUAGGUUCUCGUGUGUCUGUCUCGUGGAAAUAAACUGAGCUGAAAGAA